AGUCCGAGUCCGCCCCCCUUCCACGGCUCCACCACUCCUCCGUGGCUCCGUCCGUCCCGUCGGUCUGCCGCUAGGCGCUACUGCCGCCAGCCCGCCACUCCUCCGUUCGCCCAGUCGCCGGCCACCGGCCGGGGCCUGCCGCCCCCAUCCACUGCAGCCGCCGGCACCGCUUGCAGCCACCGGACGGUGUGGUAGCUUGCGAGCUAAACAGCCAGAGCUAGUCACCGAGCCGAGCUGGCCCCAAACCAAAAUCGCGCCGCCACUAAUCUAAAGCCCUAAACCCAUGACGCCGCCGCCGCAGCCGCAGCACCUCCCUCUCCAUCCCCAGAACCCCAGCCUCGCCUCCCUCACCCUCACCUAUGGCGCGACAUCCUAAGCCGCCCGCGCCCCCGUCCCCGCCCCCGCCGCCGUGCCCGCCCUCGGACUCGGACCCCGGCGUCGGCUUCGACCCCAUCGAGGAGUGGCUCGUGGACUUCGACCCGGCCAUGUCGGGCGAGCUAGCGGCCAAGGGUCUCGGCGCCGCUGAGCAAGCGGCGGCGGUUCCGCAUACGCUGGUGGAGACGGCGGCGGGAAAGAGCUUCGAGCUCGAGUUUGGUGUGAUGGACGAGAAGGUCGAGGUGGUGAGCAGCAGCGGAUUGGACGAGCUGCUUGCUCCGGAUCAGCUUCUGGUGUCGGGGAUUGGCGAUUUGGCUGUGCGAGAGGAUAUUCCAGAGGGAGCGGUUGCUAUGGAGAUGGCUGCCGCACCGCCCGCACCUGCUGAUGCUGAGAUGAAUACCACGGUGUGCGUGGAAGUGGAAUCGGAAGGUGGCAAGGAAGGGCAGGAGGCACCGCCCGCACCUGCUGGUGCCGAGAUGAUGAAUACCACGGUGUCCGUGGAAGUGCAACCGGAAGGUGGCAAGGAAAGGCAGGAGAGCAGCGAUGAAGAGUCAGAGUCAGAGAGCAGUGAGGAUGACGAUGAUGGCUCAUCGAGUGAGGCUUCCUUGAGCAGCGAAGAGGAGAAAGAGCAUGGGGUUAACAAGGAUGAGGAAUCGAGUGAAGCCUCAAGCAGCGAAGAGGAAGAACUGGAAGUUAAGAGGCAUGGUGGUAAGGCUGGUAACCUGGAGAGCCUCCUUGAGGAAGGGGAGUUGAUGAUAGGGAGCGAUGCGGAGGAGCAAAAGGGAGGCAUCAAGUCCAAAUAUGAAGCAGAGGUCCUUCCACCAGUCCCAAAAAUUGAAAUACAGUUAGAACCACAUCAUCAGACUCUUCCAGUAGGGACUAUUUCAGCUAUAAUGGGUGAGAGAGUAAUUGUUGAAGGUUCAGUCCAACACAACCCCCUGAAUGAGGGUUCAAUUCUCUGGAUAACAGAAAGUAGGACGCCACUUGGUAUAGUUGAUGAGUUGUUUGGACCCGUUAAGAACCCAUACUACCUUGUGCGGUACAACUCUGAGGAAGAGGUACCUGCUGGGAUCAGUGCAGGAACCAAUGUCUCUUUUGUAGCGGACUUUGCAGAUCACAUCCUGAAUAUGAAGGAGCUCUAUGCAAAAGGCUAUGAUGAAUCUGAUCCUGUAGGCAAUGAAGAAGAAGAAGAUUUACCUGAUUUCUCUGAUGAUGAAAAGGAGGCUGAGUACAAACGGUCAUUACGUCAAGCAAAAAGGCGGACUGAUAGACAGCAUGAGCCUAUGAAGACUUCUGGUGAUAGGAAGAGAUCACAGUCUAGAGGUAGUGGGAUCCGGAAGCCCAUGCCGCCAAGGAACCUGGAUACAUCAGCACCAGGUCACCAGCCACGGCCUCAUUUUCGCCGCUCAGAUAUGGCUCGUGCAGGUGCUGAAAAUACAGCACAUUCAUUGGGUCCUCAAAAUGCACCUAUGAUUGCUCCAACCAUGCUGCCUGCUGGCACAAUGAACCCUGCUAUGCCAUCACCUGUUCCUCUUGCAAAUCAGAUGGGUGGCUGCUUCAUGAAUCCAGCACAGCAGCAGUUCUUACCGCAACAACCUAAUAUGGUUUGGCCUGGUGGAUUUCCACAGCCUCCUCAUCCGAACAUGGGGGUAGAUGGAGCCGCACUCGCUGCCAACAUCAUGCAGAACCUCAUAGCAGGAGCCAACCAAUUCCAGCAGCAGUUUCAGAACCCGAACUUCAGCGGCGCAGGAGCCAACCAAUUCCCGCCACAGUUUCAGAACCAGAACUUCAGUGGCCCGGGAGCAAACCAAUUCCAGCAGCAGUUUCAGAACCCGAACUUCGGUGGCUUCCCAAACCAAACGCCGAUGCCCUUUCCUCAGUUCAUGCCCCAAACUGGAACGCCUGCAAAUCCAAUGCCAUUCGGUGGCAGACCACCAGUGAACUCUCCAUUUGGUCCAGUGCCUAUGGGGCAAGGCAACUUUGGUCAGCCUCCAAAUUCACAAGGAUUUACAAACCUGGCGGCGCCACCCCGUGGAGACGGGGAACAAGAUUCACCCCCGCAGUUCAGUUCUAGGCAGUUUCAUCAAGGGAGCCCGUCCUUUGGCCGGGGAAGGACGCAGCAGCGCGGUGGCCGGCAUUCCUCUGGCAGAGGUGGCAGAGGCGGCCGGCAUCGCAGAUAGGUGUCUCUGCCUCUCUGUGGCUUUGCCCCCGGUGUACUAUGUUUCUUGUAGUCGAGACACCAAAGUUAUGUAAUACCAGAAAGAUGUUUCUUGUAAUGAUGCUUGCUGAAUGGAUUGAACAUCCUGUCGAUUGCUACCGUGCCAGAAACCAGAAAACACCCUGCGCUCACUAUAAUUUAGUGGAAAGGGAUAAUUUUUUUCCAUGCGAAGAAAUUCUAUUGCAAAAAUAAAUUAGCAACAUUUCGAGGAUAAA